UCUUAGAAGCAAGGCCGGCCUCCCCGCAGGAACUGGCGCCGGGCUCCUCCCUCCCUCCCCGGUGCCUCCCGUCGGCGGCCGCCCGCCCGACUCCCUAGACCCACUCGGAACCCUCCAUUCCCCAUCUCCAGGAAAAUGUGAUGAGCUACAGGUAUUAGCUUCUAGAUCGCCACUUCAUGUUCUAGCCACAAGUGACGCGAGCGGAAAACCUAGGAGCAGCGAGGAACCUCAGGAAACUGUCUAAAGAAAUGGCAGACCAAAGAGAAGGAUCUGGGGGGAAAGAGGCGUGCAGAGAGCGGCUCGGAGCAUCGGACAAAGUAGAGGAACCACCAGCUGCUUCAUCCCAUGGCCAGGGGUGGCGUCCAGGUGGCAGAACAGCUAGGAACUCAAAGCCUGAACCCGGGGCCAGACUCACUGCACCCCUUACCAUGGUCAAUGACCCCCCAGUACCUGCCUUGCUAUGGGCCCAGGAGGUGGGCCAUGUCUUGGCAGGCCGUGCCCGCAAGCUGCUGCUGCAGUUUGGGGUGCUCUUCUGUACCAUCCUUCUCCUGCUCUGGGUGUCUGUCUUCCUCUAUGGCUCCUUCUACUAUUCCUACAUGCCGACCGUCAGCCACCUCAGCCCCGUGCAUUUCCACUACAGGACCGACUGUGAUUCCUCUACCGCCUACCUCUGCUCCUUCCCUGUUGCUAAUGUGUCCCUAGUUAAGGGUGGACGUGAUCGGGUGCUGAUGUAUGGACAGCCGUACCGCGUCACCUUAGAGCUUGAGCUGCCAGAGUCCCCCGUGAAUCAAGAUUUGGGCAUGUUCUUGGUCACCAUUUCCUGCUACACCCGAGGCGGCCGAAUCAUCUCCACUUCUUCUCGCUCCGUGAUGCUGCACUACCGCUCGGACCUGCUGCAGAUGCUGGACACGCUGGUCUUCUCCAGCCUGCUGCUCUUCGGCUUCACCGAGCAGAAGCAGCUCCUGGAGGUGGAGCUGUACCCGGAGUACAGAGAGAACUCGUACGUGCCGACCACCGGAGCGAUCAUCGAGGUCCACAGCAAGCGCGUCCAGCUGUACGGGGCCUCCCUCCGCAUCCACGCCCACUUCUCGGGGCUCAGGUACCUGCUCUACAACUUCCCCGUCACCUGCGCCUUCAUCGGCGUCACCAGCAACUUCACCUUCCUCAGCGUCAUCGUGCUCUUCGGCUACAUGCAGUGGGUGUGGGGGGGCCUCUGGCCCCAGCACCGCUUCGCCCUGCAGGUAAACAUCCGGAAGAGGAGCGGGUCCCCGAAGGAGGCCCAGGGGAGGACGGCUGCCCGCCAGCCAGACCAGGAGGAGUCGAGCCCCCAGUCGGACAUUACAGAGGACGGUGAGAGCCCUGACCCCUCGGGGACAGAGGAGGAAAAGCCCGAGCCGCAGCCCCUUGGUGGAGAGGAAGAGCUAGAGCGGGAAGCCAGCGAUGGCUCCGGCUCCUGGGAAGACGCAGCUCUGCUGACGGAGGCCAGCCUGCCUGCGCCCGCCCCUGCCCUGGCCCCCGAGACGCUGGGCCGCUCUGAACCCUCCGCGGCCCCUCAGGCCCCUCACCGGCAGCAGCCCACCUGCUCGAGCUCCUGAGAGCAGGCAGAGCCCACUCGAGUGCCACACACACUCCAGCCCUCCCCCCGACCCUGACCUGUGCCUGCGGCCUCCCCAAUAAACGAUAUUCUUGCCAGCUC